CUUCGAUAAAGCGAAGGCUAAUGCACUAACAGUUUACAGUCUGUUAGAGUCUGACAAAUCUGUACUUCUGUCUUGGUGAGACUAGAACGACGAUUCAACAUGGGGGAGCUUGCAGCUGAGAAACAUGUGCAAUACAUUUUAUCUGUUGAAAAGAGAAAGGACGAUUUGAUAUCAGUUGCAAUGGAGCAUCUGAGAAUGAAUGGGGCAUACUGGGGAUUGACCACUCUGGAUCUUCUAGGAAAGCUGGAAACUGUAGAUGUGGAUGAGGUUGUUUCGUGGGUCAUGGAGUGCCAGCAUGAGUCAGGUGGGUAUGGUGGUAACAUUGGACAUGACCCCCACAUACUGUAUACUCUAAGUGCCGUGCAGAUUUUGGCCCUUUUUGACAAGCUAAAUGUUCUUGAUGUUGAGAAGGUGACUAAUUAUAUUGCUCAGCUGCAAAAUCAAGAUGGAUCUUUCUCAGGGGACAUAUGGGGUGAAGUUGAUACGCGGUUCUCUUAUAUUGCUCUGUGCUGUCUCUCGAUAUUACAUCGUUUGGAUAAAAUCAAUGUGGAGAAAGCUGUGAGCUACAUCGUAAGUUGUAAAAAUUUGGAUGGUGGAUUUGGUAGCACACCUGGUGGGGAGUCUCAUGCAGGGCAAAUUUUCUGUUGUGUGGGUGCACUUGCUAUAACGGGAUCAUUGCAUCAUAUUGACAAGGAUCUUCUUGGAUGGUGGUUAUGCGAGCGGCAGGUUAAAUCUGGAGGUCUUAAUGGCCGUCCUGAGAAACUUCCUGAUGUCUGCUACUCAUGGUGGGUUCUUUCUAGCUUAAUUAUGAUAGACAGGGUUCACUGGAUCAAUAAGGAAAAGCUUGUUAAGUUCAUCUUAGAUUGCCAGGAUACAGAAAAUGGGGGUAUUUCUGAUAGACCAGAUGAUGCUGUGGAUGUCUACCAUACAUACUUUGGGGUGGCUGGACUUUCCCAUCUUGAAUAUCCAGGAUUGAAAGCUAUAGAUCCAGCUUAUGCUUUGCCUGUUGAUGUUGUGAAUAGAAUCUUCUUUGCCAGAUGACUGAUUCUUCUAACUUUUCCUUUAUACAUUGUUUGAAGCAAUUUUUACCCGUUUGUUUCUCUGAUACAGAAAAAGAACAUGUACGUAAAAUUCUUUUUGACAGCAAGAAAGAAGGCAUCCAAUUUAAGGUGGCGUUUUUCUCUUUGCUUGUGUGACACUCUAGAUUUUCACUUGCAAUUUUCGCCAAAACUCUCCGUAAGUGCUUCGCAUGUUUUUCAUUUUGAUCGUUGAACUAAUAGAGGAAGCCCCAUGAUACAUAAUAUUUAGUAUUUGUUUUUUUUUUAAUGGUUCAAUGGAAGCCACAGUGUUUGCUAUGUGACCUGCCCUGCAUAUUUUGACUA